AUGCUGAAGAAUGACCAGCUGGUCUACAUUGGCCUGGAGCUGGUGAUCGCCUGUCUGGCCGUGGCCGGGAACAUCCUGGUGUGCUGGGCCGUGUGCCUCAACUCCAACCUGCAAAGCAUCACCAACUUGUUCGUGGUGUCGCUGGCGGCGGCCGACAUCGCCGUGGGCCUGCUGGCCAUCCCUUUCGCCAUCACUAUCAGUACUGGCUUUUGCGCCGACUUCCACGGAUGCCUCUUCAUCGCUUGCUUCGUCUUGGUGUUGACCCAGAGCUCCAUCUUCAGCCUGCUGGCCAUCGCCGUGGACCGAUACGUCGCCAUCAAGAACCCACUCAGGUACAAUAGCCUGGUAACAGGCCAGAGGGCGAAGGGCAUCAUUGCAUUGUGCUGGCUCCUCUCAGUGGGCAUCGGCCUGACACCAAUGCUGGGCUGGAAUAAAGGAUGGAACUCCACCACCGCGGCCUCCAGCAGUUGUCCCGAAGGCUUGACCGAGUGCCUCUUCGAGGGCGUGGUUACGAUGGACUACAUGAUCUACUUCAACUUCUUUGGCUGCGUGCUGCUGCCCCUGGUGGUCAUGCUGGUGGUGUACGCUCAUAUCUUCAUGGCUGCCCGGCGCCAGCUCCACCUGAUGGUCCUCAAAAAGGUCGUCCCUGUUCCCUCUCCCGCUGAAAAAAGGUCCUCGUUUCGCUCCACCCUGCAGAAGGAGGUCCACGCUGCGAAAUCACUCGCCAUCAUCGUGGGCCUGUUUGCUUUUUGUUGGCUCCCCGUGCACAUCAUCAACUGUUUCAACUACCUGUGCGACAGCUGCCAGCGUCCGCACAUCUGGGUGUUGAACAUCGCCAUCAUCCUGUCCCACGCCAACUCCGUCGUCAACCCCUUCAUCUACGCCUAUCGCAUCCGAGAGUUCCGACAGACGUUUCGGAGGAUCCUCCGCCAACACAUUCUUGGCCAAAGGGACGGCCACGGCCGAGACACAAAUAGCAGCAGCAUCAAGCGAACGUCCUCGCACAUCAGUAAAGAUGACACGUCGUGCGGCACCGUGGUGAACAGUUACGUCCUUGACUCCAUUCAGUGGACGUCGACUUUAGGCGCUCUACCAAACAGUUGUAUACCCAAUGGGAACCUAGCAGCACAGCAGCAGCAACGCACACACCCGGAAGGGACCAACAAUGUCGAAGUGAGAGACACGAGUGGAAGUUGUAUUUCCUUUGUCAAUGUUCAAGCUCUCUCCUUCAUACGUACCCAUUCCACAGAAUUAACAGAAGUGUUGUAGCAAAAACUAUAUCACCAGAGUUAAUCAGCAUAACCUGGCUAAUUGUGCGAACGUGAAAUAUGGAAAAAUAUAUCUCAUGCAUUCUAAACACUUUUUUCAAAAUAAAGAUAAUGGAAGUAAAUACUCUAUAAUCUGUUGCAGUGCCAAACCGCAGCCUCCAUGAAAAACACUUCAGUCAAUAUCACCAUAAAUUGCCUUUGAAAACUUUCCCCAUUUCACACAAAAACUGAGAUUUUUUUUCUUUCCAUUCCAUGUAUUAAGUGUAUAUGCAAUGCUGUUAGAAUUGCAAGCUCACACUUUUGUUGUUUUUAAUAAAUUAACUUCAAGCAGACAAUGUACAUGCAAACAGCAAAAUAUUGUGUGAAUUCUGUUGAUGGACAAUGACGGCGUGGACAUUUUUGGCUAAUGUUAACAUUUUAUGAGCACAUGGUAGCGACAUGAUUCAGUUAGAAAGCUGACUGUGUCCUGUUCAACAAAUUUAUUUCGAAUUUAUGAAAGGUUUAAACAUCAAUUGAUAUUUCACUAUGACAGUGGACAUACAAUGUUUGAUAACUCCACAAAUAAUAUGAUAAAAUUAUGCAACAUAAAUGUUUACGCUGCAUCUACGCACUGUUGCAGCCUCCAUUGAAAAAGACAAAAUGCUUGUCCUAUGAUCAUAAUGUCAUUGAAAACAUCAGGUUUCUUAAAGGGGCCGUUACGCCAUAAUGACAGGGUGGACCGUAAUUUCAGCGACACAUGCAAAAUGUUCGAUGUGAUUAUGAAACUAGAAUAUACGUGAUCAAAAUGACUCAUUUUAGCAAAUAACGGGAUAAUAAAACCAUGUUAUAAAAAUUCGAUUUAGUAUAAUUUAACCACUGCAGUGUGGGACAUGGCCAAAAUCGUGUGAAUUUAAUAAGGGGGGGGAAUGAGAUGCGAUUCUGAUACUGAUCGGUAUAUGAGUGGAUAUAUUGCAAUGAGAUACAGCCACUCAAAAAUAUCCUGGAAAAUCCUUGACUUUUUUGCUUCAUCACCAGGCUGUGUUUUCAAAUAAGUAAAUAUAUAAUUACUUUGCAUAUCUUUACCUACAAUGCACCAAUGGAUUGGUUUUAGAAUUUUUAAUAAAUUAAAUGUGAAGAACAUACAGUAAACGGGGGCCAUUGCAUCCUUGGACUUAUCUGUAUGCGGCCCUUGAAAGAAAACUUUGAACACCCCUGCUCUAAAUUGUCCAUAGGUGUGAGGGUGAAUGAUUGUUUGUGUUCUGUGAUUGGCUGGCAACCAGACCAAAGUCUGCUGGAUUAACCUCCCGCUCACGCCUGUGAUAGAAAAUGGGGAUGAAUGAAAAUGUGAUAAAUAUGUUGGAAAUUCGUGUCUCUGUUGUUGUGCAUAGCCUGAUUUCGAUGUUGGCAUUGGCUGAUAUCACUGAAGAAAACACUCCUUACUUGUCUGUUGCAAAUUCAACUUUUUACAGUCUGAAUUUUUGAGUUGCAUUAAAUAAAUUAUGUAUGUUGCCCAUGCUGA